CUUACUUUUCAUUGGUUUGCCCAACUACUCAAGAGGAAGUGUGUGAGAUGUGCGCUAGGAGGAAAAAGUUUUGUUUGUAAUCUUAGCAAAGAAGAGGGGGAGGAUUGAUGGAACGCGGAUAUUUUUUUAGUCUACUUUCUUUCCUUCGUGUCGUGCGUGCGGCUCGGCUGGGAGUUCUUCGCACGGUGUUUACUGUACGUUGGCCCCUCCUGCAAAAGGGCGCGAGCUUCUUUGCCCCUUGCGCGAACGCGGAGCGGGGCCAGCUUCCCGAAGAUCGUUCACUCCUUUGCUCAGUCAGCGAGUGAGCGCGCGGCAGCCGCAGCCAGCAACCACUGUAAAAAGAGCCUCCUUUCGCUCCUCCUCCCUUUCUCCCCCACUCCCUGAUCUUGGAAUUGCCUCAGUCUUUCGGCAUGGGUAGCGGUUGAGAGACUGAAGCAAAAAGAGAAAGGUGUUGCUGAGCAGAGUUAGCGAGGGAGCGAUCGAGAAAAAGCGCAGCGAGAGGAUUCACACUCUCGGACCAUAGCCUCACUUUGCCGAGCGCGGGCGCUCCGGAUUGUUGCCGCACACAUCCAGGAUGGGGCACGGAAAUCGCCGAUCUCCGGGAGUUUCAGCAACAGGCGCGGAAACUUUACGGUCGGCACGGGUCUCUACUGCUGUUGUCCUCUUCGCUUUGCUAUUGAGCACCUUUAGCUCUGCUAUAGACCAAAAGAAAGUUUGUCAAGGAACAAGCAAUAAGCUAACCCAACUUGCAAGUGUGGAUGACCACUAUAACAACCUUAAGAGAAUGUAUGAGAACUGUGAAGUAGUGCUUGGCAAUCUGGAAAUCACUUAUGUGGAUUACAACUAUAACCUUACUUUUCUAAAGAGUAUACAAGAAGUGGCUGGCUAUGUGGUUAUAGCAAUGAAUGCAGUGAAAACUAUUCCUUUGGAGAAUCUCCAGAUAAUACGAGGGAACACACUUUAUGAAAAUGCUGCACUAGCAAUUUUAUUAAAUCACAAUGGUACAACGGGACUUGAAGAGCUGCCAUUAAGACACUUGGCAGAAAUUCUAAAUGGAGGAGUAAAGUUCAGGAGUAACCCUUACCUCUGUAACAUGGAAAAUGUCCUAUGGGAUGACAUUUUUGAUAAAAAUAAUAUUCGGAGUUUUGUACAGUUUGACACCAGUGAAAAAACAAAGGGGUUAACAGACUCUCACAUAUCCUGUUCUCCUUGUCAUCAGAAUUGCACAAGAGGACAUUGCUGGGGUGCUGGUGAAGAGAAUUGCCAAAUAUUAACUAAGAUUGACUGUGCAGCACAGUGCUCAGGUCGAUGCAAGGGAAGAUUGCCAAGUGACUGCUGUCAUACUCAGUGCGCAGCAGGAUGUACAGGUCCUAAAGAAAGUGACUGCUUGGCAUGUCGCAAAUUUUGGGAUGAUGCAACUUGCAAGGAGUCUUGUCCACCUUUACAAAUAUACAAUCCCUAUACUUAUCAGUUGGAAGAUAACCCAGAAGGAAAGUACAGUUUUGGAGCAACUUGUGUAAAAAACUGUCCACAUAAUUAUGUAGUAACAGAUCAUGGCUCAUGUGUCAGAUCAUGUAAUGCAGACUCUACAGAAGUGGAGCAGAAUGGCAUUCGAAAGUGUAAAAAAUGUGAUGGUCCUUGUAGCAAAGUGUGCAGUGGAAUUGGAAUAGGUGAACUGAAAGGUGUUCUUGCAGUAAAUGAAUCCAAUAUUGAUUAUUUCAGGAACUGUACCACAAUCAAUGGUGAUCUCACAUUUCUGCAUGCAUCCUUUUUUGGUGAUGAAUACACAAAAACACCUCCUUUGGAUAUAAAGAAAUUGGAUAUUUUUAAAACUGUUAAAGAAAUCACAGGGUUUCUAUUGAUCCAGGUUUGGCCUGAAAAUGUCACUGAUUUGAGUAGCUUUGAAAAUCUGGAAGUAAUACGAGGUAGAACAAGACAGUUAGGUCAAUACGCUCUUGCAGUAAUCAACCUGAAUAUCAAAUCUUUGGGACUACGGUCUCUCAAGGAAAUAAGUGAUGGAGAUGUAGCCAUUUUGAAAAAUAGCCAUCUUUGCUACGGCAAUACGUUGGAUUGGAAUAAACUUUUUGUAACACCAAAACAAAAAAUAAAAAUAAGCAAAAAUGGAAAUGAGAGUGAAUGUGCUGCUACAGGACAAGUUUGCCAUCCCUUCUGCUCAAAUAUAGGCUGCUGGGGCCCGGGACCCUUCCAGUGCUUUUCUUGCCAUGAUUUUAUCCGCCAACAGGAAUGUGUAAAACACUGUAAUGUUUAUCAAGGAAUGCCUCGAGAAUAUGAACAAAAUUCUGAGUGCUUUCAGUGCCAUUCAGAAUGCCUUGUGCAAAAUUCAACUGAACCAUAUUUAACUUGUACAGGACCUGGUCCCGGCAACUGCUUGAAGUGUGCUCAUGUAACAGAUGGUCCACAUUGUGUUAAAUCAUGCCCAGCUGGCAUUUUGGGAGAAAAUGAUACCUUAGUCUGGAAAUAUCCAGAUGAAAAUUCAGUAUGUCAGUUGUGCCAUCCAAAUUGUGUUCGUGGAUGCAAAGGACCUGGACCUGAAGGCUGCCCUAAUGGAUCUAAAAUCCCAUCCAUUGCAGCUGGAGUUGUUGGGAGCAUUCUUUGCUUAGUUGUUAUAGCCCUGGGUAUUGGUCUUUUUGUGCGCAGACGUCGGAUUGUUAGAAAACGUACUUUGCGCAGACUGCUGCAAGAAAGAGAGCUUGUUGAACCUUUGACACCAAGUGGGGAAGCACCAAACCAAGCACUUCUUCGAAUUUUAAAAGAAACAGAAUUUAAAAAAGUAAAAGUCCUUGGCUCUGGAGCUUUUGGUACUGUCUAUCAGGGUCUCUGGAUUCCAGAAGGAGAAAAAGUUAAAAUUCCUGUAGCCAUUAAGGAAUUAAGAGAGGCUACAUCACCCAAAGCUAACAAAGAAAUUCUUGAUGAAGCAUAUGUGAUGGCAAGUGUUGAUAAUCCCCAUGUGUGCCGUUUGCUGGGAAUUUGCCUCACAUCAACUGUCCAACUCAUCACUCAGCUGAUGCCCUAUGGCUGCCUUCUUGACUAUGUCAGAGAACACAAAGAUAACAUUGGAUCCCAGUACCUUCUCAACUGGUGUGUGCAGAUUGCAAAGGGAAUGAAUUACUUAGAGGAACGUCGUUUGGUACACCGUGAUUUGGCUGCCAGAAAUGUCCUUGUUAAGACUCCCCAGCAUGUGAAGAUCACAGACUUUGGAUUGGCCAAAUUACUUGGUGCAGAAGAGAAGGAGUACCAUGCCGAAGGAGGCAAAGUUCCAAUUAAAUGGAUGGCUUUGGAGUCAAUUUUGCAUCGCAUUUAUACCCAUCAGAGUGAUGUUUGGAGCUUUGGUGUUACUGUUUGGGAAUUAAUGACAUUUGGAUCUAAACCAUAUGAUGGUAUUCCAGCCAGUGAGAUUUCCUCUGUCUUGGAGAAAGGAGAACGGUUGCCUCAGCCCCCUAUAUGUACAAUUGAUGUGUAUAUGAUCAUGGUCAAAUGUUGGAUGAUUGAUGCAGAGAGUCGUCCUAAAUUCAGAGAGUUAAUAGCAGAAUUCUCCAAAAUGGCUCGGGAUCCACAACGCUAUCUCGUCAUACAGGGAGAUGAAAGGAUGCACCUGCCCAGCCCAACAGAUUCCAAAUUUUACCGGAGUCUAAUGGAAGAAGAAGACAUGGAAGAUAUUGUGGAUGCAGAUGAAUACCUAAUUCCCCAUCAAGGAUUUUUCAGCAGCCCAUCAAACUCACGAACACCUCUCUUAAGCUCAUUGAGUGCUACAAGCAAUAAUUCUGCAGUAAUGUGCAUAGAUAGGAAUGGGCAGGGACAUCCAGUGAGAGAACACAGCUUUGUCCAGAGGUACAGUUCAGAUCCAACUGGAGUUUUCCUAGAUGACAGUCUGGAUGAUGGCUUUCUCCCUGCUCCAGAAUAUGUAAACCAGCAAAUGACCCCAAAAGAAGCAAGUGCAUCAGCUUCUAUGGUACAGAAUCCAGUCUACAAUACUUUCUCCCUUCCGAUUGAUCCAAAGCCUAUGAAUGAUGCAAAUCAUCAAAAGCUGCACAACACAGCACUGGAUAACCCAGAAUAUCUCAAUACAAGCCUCUCACCUUUGGCUAACACAGUUUUUGAUAGCUCCUCCUACUGGGACCAGACAGUCAACCACCAAAUCAAUCUGGACAAUCCAGACUAUCAGCAAGACUUCUUGCCCAGAGACAACAAGCCUAAUGGCAUUGUUAAACUUCCUCCAGCCGAGAAUCCAGAAUACUUAAGGGUAGUAAUGCCAAAAAAUGAAUACAUUGAAGCCUCAGCAUGACCAUGGUAGAGAUUUUAUAUUGUCUCAGCAAUGCAGGAAAGAAACACAGAUGAAAUAGUUGUUUGCUAUAUAGAAACAGACUAUGGUUAGAUUAAAAAUCAUUACAUUUUGUAGUACACUUUUAUCUUCCAAGUGUCUGUACAGUUUCAGCAAGUUUUUGCCUAGAAUUUCAUUUAUUUCUAUGUUUACAAAAGAUGCAACAAAGAACCAAGAAAUAUCAACCAGCAAGCAAUGUUUUUUCUUAAGCUAUAUAUAAGCACAGCAUUUUUCUGAAUAUUAACUGCUGUAUUAAGCAUCCACCUUAAGUCCUUUUGAUACAGUAUCUGAUACAGUAUAUAGGUCAUUUGUGGUACUUCUUUAAAAAGCCUUUAUGAAAAGAAAAUGACAAGUUUAUGCCAUGUGGAUCAUAGUGAGAGGAGCACAGGGUAAGUGGAAGGAUUUAAGACUCAAAUCGUUUUGCCAGUCUCCUUAAUAGAGUUACCAGCAGUUUGAUUUAAAGAGAAGCUUGUUCUUAUGCUUCAGUCCGGCUAUUUGAACACCAGCUUAUUUGCUAUUUUAUUUGCAAUGAAAAUAGUACUUUUUAAAUGUGAGAAUUCUGCUCAAUAUAACCUUUGAUUACAUUGGGAGAAAGAAUGCCUAGUUCUUCAUACAGCAGCAUACACUGCCACUACUACUGUUGGGAAAUUCUGCAGGUUUCAAUUCAGGAAUGUUGAUAAAAUUCAAAAAGUUAGACAUUCAGGAAUGAUCAUCAGGUACUCUGUCGCAUGUCUCUGUAAUACUUACUCCAGGUAUGAGCAGCAUUGUUGUCUGUUGUGGUUUUGUGAUUGUAUCUUAGUUUCAUGAUUUUAAAGAUAUGAAAAUUGAACUUAAAUAUCUGCAAAUGGAAAACAUUGACUCUUGUUUUGCACAUACAAACAUUCCACUUCACUGCCUUGCUACAUUUAAAUGUAGCAUAUAUAUAAAGUGGUGAGGAAAUGCCAUUUGGCUAAAAUUUAAUUAUUACAUACAUAACUGCAUGCACUAAGGAUGGAUCUUGGGGAAAUCUAUUACAAAAACUGAAAAAAAAUUAUGCUGUGACUCAACAUCCAUUUAUUAUGAAUUUAUGAAAUUAUUGGUAGAGAAAAAAUAUUAAUCUUGGCGAUAAUUGCAUUGAGGAGAGAUAUUUCUGUACCAAAAUUCAUCAUUAUACGAUAAAUAAAACCAGGAGUUGUAUGAAGCAUAAUUCAGCAGCUGCAUUUAAACAGGUAAAUUAACUUAUUUUCCCAAAAUUUCCCAUCAAUGUAGGAUGGUUUUCAGGCCAACCUGAUCAUUAUAUAUUAACCUGAUGUUCCAAUAAUACAAUGCUUGUACCUAUUUUUACUCAGAACUAAGUUCAACUGAAUUCAAUACAGUUAUCUCUCUAAUAGUAUAUAGGAUUGCAUUCUAGUAGUGUAACCAGUAUAGGCCUAAUUUUAAAAUAAGAUCUAUUAUGAAAUUUGGUGGGAUUUAUUUCUGUACUAAUAUGCAUAAUGUUGUAGCUUGACUAAGCCUGGCUCCAUUGACUCUCCUGGUCUCUUAUCUCCUAGGAGAGGGUGGCAAUGCUGUGUAAUACUGUUAUCCCUCUUAGUUUGAGUUUAUGACUGAUAUAAAGCCACUAUAUAACAAUGUCCAUAUUGUUCAAAUAACGGUGAACAUAAUCAUUAUAAUCCCUGGUUUAAUUACAAAUGAAAAAUCAUUGAGCAAUAACUAUUCCUCUUUUUAAGGAUACUAUAAAUUCUGCUAGUAAAAUACAUGUGGAAAGUAGCCCUGGGUAUAAUUUAUUAUUUUGGAUUAUAUGCCAGGAAAUAUAAGGUAAAAAUCAUCACAUGGUGUUUGAAAAAAACAAAUCACACACAUGAAUGUAUCAUCAAAAUGUUAGUGAUGUUCUAAAUAGUUCGCUAUGAAGCACAAAUCAUCAUGAAUAUCUAUUCUUUACAAUGUUGUUGACUUGGCUCUGGGUAAUGGAAAUUAAAGGCUAUAGAAACUAUAAAUAUAUCUGGAAACUCUGAAUUGGAGAAAACAAAUCCAGUAUCUUAUUGUGAAAGUAUUUCAAAUAUUUUACAUAUUAAUUGCAUAGAAGAAACAAUAAUUCCUUUCCAGAUUUAAAGUUGCCUGCAUAUAUGCUGAUGAUGGAUGCUAUCUAUUUGAUUGUAUCAAAUUUUCAGCAAUUCUAUGAACCAUCUCUCUCCACAUUGUAUAACUUAUUUUACUUGUAUUAUGAUCUGGCAGUGUUGGCUUUGAUUAUAACUAGCAGCCAUGUUUUUAUGGUGGCCUCAUUUCCUUUUACUAAUGAUUCCGAACUUAACUGCAUUUUCCAGUAAGUUUGGCCAAAAUAUAUAAGGGAAAAUGAUUCUGGCUCUAUGUUUAGUUUUAUAUGCUCCAUAUUUGCUUGUUUGUCACAUUUGCUAUAUAAGGAAUGUGCAAGAGCCUUUUCCAACACCAUAGCUUGAACAAGUCAGUUUUUUUCAUAGUCCAACUUUUGCAGCCAUAGGUAACUAUGGAAAAUAUGAUAGUGUGAGCUAAUUCUUGUUUAGUUGCCAAAAUGCAUACGUACUACAUACAUGAAAUGAGCUGUAUAUUCAUUUCCUGCUCUAAUUUGCAGGAAUUUGCCACAAUUCUGUACCAUUUUUAUGCAUUCUAUAUGCAUGAUGUGAAGUAAACAAAUUAUUUUGCUUAUAUAGCAGGAGAUAUACAAUGUAAAACCACUUUGGAUUGCUACAUGUAAUCAUUUUUCCUUUGAAAACUGAUACUGAUUCCCAAGCGAAAGAUUUGUGUAAAUUGUGGUUAUGUAGGAAGUCAUCCUAAGUGCAAGAUAUCUUGCAUUUCUGAACAAUGAUUUCAUUUUGGGGACUUGGAUAAUAAAAGAAAAACUAUUACCUACCUCUUCAAUGUCAACAGUUGUUAACAUGCUCUAAUUUUCUAUGAUUUAUAUUUCUCUGUGAGAAAAUACAUUAGAAAAAGUGACAAUUGUCUUUUGUUUGUUCUUCUCAGCCAUGUUUAAAUUGUGUAUCAAUAGUGUGAUCUAUAUAUCAUGCUUCCAAGGGACAACCCUGCAGAUGUAGAAUCUUCAGUUGCUGUUAAAUAUAUUUCUUUCUCUUUAAGAUUCAUAUUACCUUAAAACUUUUUAUAAAACUUUUCAUAUUCUUUAAAAUUCACUUUUUAUCUGAUAUCAGAUUUUUUAAAAUAAGUCUUUUUAGAAAAAACAAUCAUAUAGCUACACUACACUAAAAUACAUUUCUUUUUACAUAAAAAUGGAUAUUUGAAUGCUAGAACUGACUAGAGGACAAUGUCCUGCUAGAGGACAUUGUCAAGAAGACAUUCUUGUUAUAAAUUCAUAAAUAGAAAAAUAGUUAUUACAAUUUUCAUAGGUUCUCAUUAUUAAUGUUAGAGAACAUUUGUGAUUGGGCAUGAUUAGAGUAGACUUCUCCUUUAAACAACGAGGUAUGUAGAGCAACAUCAGUAAGUGAAUGGCAAAAAUUGCUCAUCUCUUUUUAAGAUAGGCUUCAAUGGAAACUUCAACAUUAAUAUGGAUCCAGGGGAAUGGUAAUACGACAGCCAUUUUCAUUAGAUGGUGUUUAAGAGGCUGGACUGCUACCAGAGAGACCCAGAAAGACUUCCUGGGUAACCUUUAGCUCAACCUAGUUCAAAAGUUGCUUGGAGAAAAUGAAAGGAAGGGAAUAUUCUAUAUACUAUAUAACUUUUCCAAAGAAAAGGUAGGAUAUAAAGAUAAUUUUAAAAGUACAGAACUCUACUAUAAAAAUAAAGGGAAUUGUAUAGUUUUGAUAAAAUUUAUAUAAUUCCAAUGGAAGAAAAUAUCUGUAGCUCAGGGUUGAAUUGUGGAGUCCUUGAUGUUCUUUGUGCUUGCAGAUGUUUUAUUUCCCAACUAGGCAACAUCAACAGCACUACAAUGCACUAUUUAGAAAAAGUCAACUUCUGUGACCAGAUUCACUAAGGAAAAACUGUGUACACAACAUGUAGGUAUAUAUGUAGGUAGCUAUUUGCUGUAUAACAAUGUAAUUUGCUAGCUAGGAACGGGGUACAUAUUCUGGCCCAGAGCUCAUAAGUGUUUCACCAGGAAUUAGAAACUGAAUUCAAAACGAUCCUGUGGAAUUAUUGUGAGAUCAUUAAAAUACAUUAGCUUUAUGUAGAGAUUAAAAUAGGUCUAUAAAGUAUAUGUAGUGUUUGUUUAGCUUUCAAACCACUGACUUGCAUUUCUGUCCCAAAUGGACUUUGUGCAGGAAUAAUAUCAGUUAUACAAGAAUAAUGCAGAAUGCAUAUCAUUAGCUUGAGCAUUGUAAAUAUAGUCAUCUAUGAAAGCAGUUUGUAUACCAAUUGAGAAAUUCUAAUCCAAUUAAUUGGAGCAAUAGACAAAUUAAGAAAUAACACAAAUAAAUAAAUGCCACAUUUUGUAUUGGUGUUCAUUGUUAAUCUGUGUAUAUCAAGUGAUGAAAAAUAUUUGUAUAAUUCUUUUCCAUCUUUUAAUAUGAGGAAUGUAUUGUAAUAUAGCGUAUUACAUUUGUUGUGUGAUAAAGGACAGCCUUCUGGCGUUAUUGAUAUUGAAAGGUCUGCUUUUGUUUGUUUUUUUAACUUGAUACUUGAAAUUAUGUCAACAUGCAGAAUGAUAUGGAAAUUAAGAGAAUUAUUAUUAUUGUCCCAAUGUAUUCAUAUAGAAUCAUAUUCUAGCAAAAUUAAUGGAAAUUGGUCCUUUAAAAUGUUGGGGUAAAAAUAUUAUAACAGUUAUUUACAGCAUAGAUUGACCUUUAAGAUGUUCAUUCCUGCUGUCCUGUCCAAUAAUCAACAAUAACCAUACAAUCAAGGCAGGGACAUUUAUUUGAGGCAAUCUGGAGAAUUUUUGAUUUCCAGUGUGUUAUUUCUGGAUACAUUAAUAGGUAUUCCAGAAGAUUAUCUUCCCAGUGUUGAAAAUACAAUAAUUCAGAGAUAUCAGCAGGAAGGAAUUAAAAUCAGAGAUCAUAUCGAGAGAGAAAAAGACAGACAGAGACUGUGUCUAUGCUACAAAAUUCCACUGUUUGGUAUUAUGUAAAUGAAUUUGUGUCUCUCUAAAUAAUACUGUUUGAUAAAAUGCUAGACAUUUGAACUACUUUGAUCUGCUUUGUCUGCUUUGAUUCUUUACAAUUCCUAAAUUUCCAGGGAAAGAAUAAAUGGGAUUUUUUUCUAUAUGCUCUGCAUUAUAAAUGUAAAUAUUCUUUUCUUCAUAAUCUGAGAGAGAGACAGAGAGAGAAACAGAGACUACUGUACAGAGAAGAGAAAGUGGAAACAGCAUUUAUGAAAUGACAGUAGUGUCUUGAUAAUUCCAUAUUAGAUUAAACCUAAAGAAAUGCAUUUUAUAAAACUUUUCAAAAGAAGCACUUUGUAAAAAAGAAAUGGCCACUUUAAUAUUUUAUGUUUUUUCUUACAGUCCAUUCUGGAAGUGGCAGUGGCAUAAGCUACCAAUAUUAUUUUUAAUGCAAAAUACUUUUAGUCGUAAAUUUCACAUUCCUUGUUUUCAGAAAUAACUGUAAUUUGUUUUUAAGCAUGGUUGUUUGUAUCUCAAUAAAGCCUAUGAAACAACCCUC